CUUUGUUCUCCAAGCUUUAAUCUUUUCUUGAACUUGUUAUACUUGAGUAGUUUUGUCAUUGUUUUUUCUGGAUUAAGCUUGUUCACUUUAAUGGUAUUCAAGUUCUUGAUUAUAAAGAUUACAUUUUGAUAAAAGGGGUAAGAUAAAGAUGCCAAAGAAAGAGGAACCCGUCACUCCGCCAAGUCAAGUUCCUGUCUUUUGGAUUGAAACUUCUGAUUCUCAGUCUCGGCAAUAUCAAUUUGAAACCGAUGGCCAACUUUCGGUAAAGGUGCUUGAUGACUCCAGACCAGUUAUCCAUAAAAUGGCCGAAUCCUUCUUAAAUCAGUUUUUUCCAUCUGGUUAUCCAUAUAGUGUGAAUGAAGGGUAUCUUAGGUACACGCAAUUCAGGGCAAUGCAACACUUCACAAGUGCAGCUUUAUCUGUGUUAUCAACUCAGUCUCUUCUGUAUGCUGCAGGCUUACGACCUACCCCGGCACAGGCAACAGCUGUUAGUUGGAUCUUGAAAGAUGGGAUGCAGCAUGCUGGAAAGCUUAUAUGUAGCAGUUUGGGAGCUAGAAUGGAUUCCGAGCCCAAACGUUGGAGGAUAUUAGCUGAUGUGCUGUAUGAUCUGGGCACUGGCUUGGAAGUUCUUUCUCCCUUGUGCCCACAGUUAUUUCUUGAAAUGGCAGGCCUGGGCAACUUUGCUAAGGGAAUGGCUGUUGUUGCAGCAAGAGCUACUAGACUGCCAAUAUAUUCUUCAUUUGCCAAAGAAGGCAACCUCAGUGACCUGUUCGCGAAAGGGGAGGCCAUCUCAACUGUUUUUAAUGUUCUUGGGUUAGGUGCAGGAAUCCAAUUAGUUUCUACUGUUUGCUCAUCUAUGCAAGGAAAGAUGAUUGUGGGACCUCUCCUUUCCCUUGCCCAUAUUUGUUGUGUAUGUGAAGAAAUGCGAGCUACUCCUGUCAACACCUUGAAUCCUCAAAGAACUGCCAUGAUUGUGGAAGAUUUUUUAAAGACAGGAAAAAUAUCCAGUCCUGCUGACUUGAGAUACCGAGAAGAUCUCUUAUUUCCCGGGCGACUUAUUGAGGAUGCUGGAAGUGUUAAAGUGGGUAGGGAUCUGCACAGGGCUAUAAAGCCCUCAAAGCUUCGUCAAAUCAAAGAACUAUUCCCUGAAGAAAAAUUUCUUUUGAAUCGUGGAACUAGAUGGACUGACAUGGUAUUGGAACAGAAUGCUACUGGUGAAGACGCAUUGAGGGGUUGGCUGGUUGCUGCAUAUGCUGCCAAUAUUGAAAAAAGUGCUCACGAGAAUAAUAUCAAUGCUUUAGAGGAGGCUUAUGAGAAAAUGAAUAGCGUAAUCACUCCGCUUGUCUCUGAGCUGCAGGCUAAAGGUUGGCACACAGAUCGUUUUCUUGAUGGAACUGGAAGCCGGUUUGCUUUUUAAUAUUAAGCAUGAUCAGGUAAUACCUGUUUUUUCCCGGUAUAGAGUUCUCUGCAUUAAGGUAGUAUGCAUGCGCAAUUGCAUAUUUAAUUUCUUCCUGAUAUAUAUAUCUCAUCUCAGUCUAGGAAACUAAGACACGUGCAGUUUUUGUUUAUGAUUCUGUAGUUCAUAUAAGUACUUUGUAUAUGUAAAGAUGACAAUUUUUCUGAAAUUUCACCAGAAUCAUUAUAAGAAACUAAACUUUAAACAAC